AUGAGGUACAACAUUUCUACAGAUGAUAAUGCCCCCUUUUCUACAGACAGCAAAAAAAACUUAAAUGAUGGUAUUGAGGGUAUUGCUUCCCCUAUUGAGGAUAAUCCCUAUGUGGAUGUUGGAGGUCGAUCCGCUUUACGGCUCAACAUUAACACAGACCAGACAGGACGUAUAUUUCAGGAUCGCAGUCACGUCUUCAAACUUUUAUCUCGCCCUGCCGAAAUCAAGUCCGAUAAAAUCUUCAAUGUGAAUGUACGAGAAAAACGUGGAAAUAUCGUCCAAGUGUAUCCGGCUGUGGAGUAUGAUUUCAUUCCCAACAACCUGCAGAUGUCUGCAACAGACUCUGUGCAUAUACAAUGGACUGGGUACAACUCUCACAACAAUAGUGGGGGCGGCGGAGAUGGGCAAGCUGGAGAUGAAGAUGAAGGUCAAGGUCAAGGAGGCACUGACAGAUCUAACAUUGUACAGAUAGCUGAUCUGAAUGAUAAUUUCCCGAUGCCCUUUGAAAGAUCCAACAUGUGGAAUAAUGCCAACAUUCGCUAGAUAUAUCACGAAAAAACUGAUGUUUUCGCAGAAAACCUUGCAGUAACCAUGGCGUCUGCUGGUUAUUAUAGGUAAC